AUGAACACAAGCAACAGAACUCCAGGCAGCGGCUACUUUCCAAGCAACGAUUAUUUCACGACUGCACACGCUCCUGAACGAGAACGCGACCACGACCACGAAGACGUAUUGGAUAAUGGAUCAAUGAAUUCGUCCGCAAAUGGAUAUGGCCGGCCGCGCGAGGGGCGCACAGGGGGAUACGGAGGGACCUAUCUCGAGUCUCCCUCGCCUGGCGACUCGAUGGAACAGUUGUCUCCCCAGGUAUCCGCGCGGUCGCGAGGUCGGGAUAUAGACGAUGGCCCUUCAUGGGGCGUUCCUCGAGACGAAAGCCGGUUUAGAAGCACCGAGAGACAGAGGCGGGAUGAGAAUACCAGGCAGCGGAGUGCCAGUCGUGGUGGACGAGGCCGGGAGAUAAAGGGGGCUGAGGAGAUCGAUGAUGUCGUUCAAGGUAUCGAAGAUGAGUGGGAUUUCAUGGCGAACGACGAAUGCGUUCCCGUCCAGGUUGGCCUGCAGUUGAUGGAUACAAGCACACUCGGACGCGCAGAUAGAGAACCAGAGUUUAUACGAACACACAAUCAGAUCCAGCAGGCGUUGCGAUCAGUGGUGAACGAGCACCAUCACGGCUUUAACAGUCUACUCGGGACGUACCAUAACAUUCAACUGAACCUACAAAGCUCCCAACACCAAAUUCGAUCCCUGAAAACGGCUCUCUUGGAGGCAAAGGCUGGAUUGCUCACUAUGAAGCCGGAAUUGAAGGAUCAGGCGGUGGCAUCACAAUCAUACGACGACAUCUUACAGCUUUUUGAACUGAUUGAACACGCCCAAUCCCUCCCCGAAAAGCUUGAGGCACGGAUGUCGGACAAGAAAUUUAUUGCUGCGGUAGACAUACUUAAUGAGGGGACCGUUCUACUUCGUCGUCCGGAGCUUGCGAAUAUAGGUUCGCUAGGCGACCUUCGAACAUAUUUCAGCAACCAGGAAACUUCGUUGACGGACAUCCUUGUUGAGGAGCUACACGAUCAUCUGUACUUGAAAUCACCAUACUGUUGUGACAGGUGGAAACCCUCGUCUGAUAAAGAUGGAACGUCAACUGGCGGAGUUGGUGGAACUGCUCCUUGGGAGAAACCGCUUUAUCAAUACCUAUCGACUCUAGAUGCAGUCACACCCUUUGUGGAAGAUUUAUCACGCAACCCAGAGUCCGACACUUUCUAUUAUAUCCAUCUUGUUUUGGAAGCUCUGCACAAGAUGGGCAGCUUGGAGCUUGUGGUUGACCGAAUUGAACAACGGCUCCCUGUCGAAUUGUACAGUGUUGUUGACAAGACAGGUGCUGAGGUUAACAACAGGCACCCAAACAUUCAAAAGGACGCUCGGGCUCCCGGUACGGUUCCAGAUUCCACCUCGGAACGAGGGCAUCUUCUCUCUGAAUUCUUAUGGAACUUGUACGCCAAAUUCGAGACGAUUGCUGAGGGACACCGCGUCAUAUAUGAAGUUAUCAAUGGCAUCGUAAAACGAGACAGCCUCCCGAACGAGGUCCACCUGACAAGCAGCUUCCAGGAAUUAUGGAAGCUUUAUCAAAGCGAGAUGCGGUCAUUACUACAUGACUAUCUUUCUACGGACGGGACUGAAUCUUUCAGAACUACCACUAGAGUAGCUGAUGACGGAUACGCCCAGUCUUCCAUCAAACGUGAUAAAACGAAGAAACUUUUCAAAAUGUCCGAAGUAGACCAAACCGCUUCCGAUUUGAAAGCCGAGCAGGAUGAUCUGGCAGAAAUAUUGAGAGCCUCUGUUCCUGGGCUUGUGCCAAAAUCACGUCAGAUGUUUUCGGCUGGCGACACCAGCAACUCAAACCAGCAAAGUUCGGGAACUGGGCAUAAACUGCUGAUUGAGCCAAGCGUGUUUAAUAUCAGCUUGCUUCUACCUCCAGCGCUCUCCUUUAUCCACCGACUUAAGGAAAUAGUUCCUCCCAAUUCGGAUAUUGUGACCAGCACACUCACGCCGUUCCUGGAUGAAUUUUUGAUAAACGUUUUCCAGCCACAGCUUGAUGAAGCUGUUAGUGAACUUUGUGCCAUUAAUUUCAUAUCGGUGGACUCAUACACCGAGGAUCCUCAGUGGGCUUUGCACUCUACAAGGCCAAUAUUCAGGGGAACCAUAAACUUCAUGAAUUUAAUAAAAACCUUUAGCAGAAUGCUAGAUAGCAUACCUCAUGAUCAAGCUUUCACCCAACUCAUCAUUGAUCAAAUCGUAACAUACUACGAUAAAUGUUCUGGGUGGUAUAAGGCUCUUAUGACUCGAAUAUCUCCAAACCACCCCGGUGGUGUAGCCCUGAAGACUUCAGCAGCAUUUGCCGAAUCACGCGAAUUCCGUGACGUUGGACAAAAAAUAUGGGAAAGCUCUGCCAGCGAGAAACAGGCAUUAAUUAACAAGGAAAUCGAACUUCUCAUCAAUGCAACCAAUGAAAUCUCAUUGAAAGGGUACGAUAUGAUAUCUGAUCCAAAGAUAGUCGGCUCGUUGUCGUUACUUUAUAAUAGCAUGAACUGGCUGUCAAGUAAUCUCUCCAAAUUGCGUCACAUUACUCCUCACCAAACAGACUCAAGCCACACCCAAUCGAGGCAGGUAGCACCCACUCGACGCUGGACACUAGAGACGUCGAUGAGACCAAGACUUGGUGACUUGGAGCGGCCCCUCCGUCUUCCAAUGACAAAAGAAUCUGUAGUUGGUUUCGAUAACGCUAUCAAGUCGAUUCAGAGCCUUGCUUUUACAUCCCUCUUUACUCUCCACCUUGAUAUCCGCUGUGGGUCGAUUUACAUGAUUUCACGGGCCUUAAAGGGCAAAAAGGAUAGCCGGCAAUCAGAUGCAGAUAGAAACCCGUCAACAGAGCAUAACUGGGCCUACAUUCUAACGGUUGAACCAACGUCCGCCUCGCCCUGUGUGCUAGAGUUGAACAACGACCUUAUCUCCUUUGGCGCUAGAAUGUCGACAUAUCUUGGGCCAAAUGAAUGCCGGUAUAUCACUUCAUGCCUUUCAAGGCUGAUAGACCGUGCAUUGGUGUCCAGUACCCGUUUCAUCGGGGCAAUGAAUAACAAUGGUGCACUAAGACUUCAGCUUGAUGUUCUUGUCCUUCAACAGAACCUCAAGAACAUCAUAGUCGUGUCUCCAUCUCCGGCCUCAUCCAGGAGCAAUUUGUCGUUAGACAAGGAGCUUUCUGCCUCUAUGCCCGAAGUUGUGGCACUUCCUCAAAGCGCUAAAUUCCUAGAUUGGUUCCUCGAAGGCUCUGGAAAAACACUGCGACAUGCAAAGCAAGAGAGAGACAGGUUUAAGGAAAUGGGUAGCCAGGCAUUGAAAGAAGGCAAUGGAGAGCCAUUCACCUACGAUGAGCUGAAGGUUCUGAUUGAACUGUGCUUCUCUGCAGCACUCAAGGGUCCUCAAGGGCCUGAGUCAAGAGAGGAAUUCAUGGCCGCUAAACGGGGUAGCGAUGAUGCAUUACUGAGGCUAAGUGAGGUAAUGUGGGACUCUUAG